UUGGGUGGCCAGCCCAGGGCAGGGACUUGCACAUGCUCCUUUAAUAGCACUGGAGGUGAAACUUAGCAUCAUAUGAUCUGCUUCUGACCAUAGCUACCGGGGGUGGUUCUGUGGCCAUAAAGGCCCCUUUCUUCCCUGCUUCAGGAGUGCUUUGCUGUGAGGAAAAAAGAUUUGUAGAACAAGAAGGGAAGGAGCAUCCAAACUAAGAAGAUACUGAGCCAGUAAGGUAGCAUAGGGAUAGGUAUAUGUGGCAAUAGACCCUAAUUGAAGGAGCUCUAUCCUUAGGGAGGAGUAGCUUAGCACCCAAGUAACUCCCUCUGUAGCCCAGCUGCAGGAGCCCUCAGCAGCAGGAUCUGGAGUUGUGAGGGUGGCCUUUAAAUGGAUGGGUGGCGUGCGGAGAAACGGAGGGAAGGGAAAACUAGCAACUAGAAGGGAACAAGUGGCCACUUAUGACUUUACCAAUUUGAGGAGGGGAGAUGACAAGAUUUUAGAAAUCCAGAUUUUCUGUGUAAGGUAGGCUCUUGAACUCUGGCUAGGGCAGGGUCUUGGUUUCACUCCACUAAUUUUUUGGGGACAGCUCUUCUGUCCUGUAAGCCACCUAAAGGAGGGGGUGGUGUAGCUGGAGACAGUGCAUUUCCCCCCUUCCUCAGAGACUCAGUGUUGCUGCUCAUGCAGUGUUGCUUUUGGGGUAGGAAAUUGUGUGUGCUGAGAAGGGUCUUGUGAUCUUUUCAGGGGUAGUUGUGGCCUGUGUUCGCCCACUUCUGAGUGCAAAGCUUUGGGCUUGUGGGAAGCAAGUUCUUUUCUUGCUGUCCCUUUUGGUAACAUCUGUUCAACGUAAUGUCCUUCCAGCCUGUCCUGUUUUAACUAUAAAGUCAGACAGAGUUACAGGACAAAGCAGGGAGGUCUCUCUCUAAGGGAACCACAAGGAUGUGGUAGAAAUAAAUUGCAUUCAGUGAGAAAGUGAAGAGAAUGGUGCUUGCAAGAAGGAUGCCCAAAAGUUUUUGGACAUUGCCUCUGGAUGAAUAAUGGGGGAGAUUGAGGGAACAUAUCGAGUCCUGCAGACUCCUGGUUCUCGUUUGGGAGUCCAGAAGAACAGUGGAGUGAGCACACUGGAGCCUGGGCAGAACCUCUCUACCGCAAUGGCAUCAACACCUAGCAAAGUCCAUGAGAGGGAUCUACACAUCAAAAUAAAGAUGUUGGACAAUACUGUGGAAGUACUUGACAUUGAGUCAAAAUGCUAUGGCCAGACGGUGCUGACAGAAGUUUAUAAACACCUAAAUUUAAUUGAGUCCGACUACUUUGGAAUUGAGUUCCAGAACAUCCAAUCAUACUGGAUUUGGCUCGAACCUAUGAAACCUAUUGUUAAACAAGUACGGAGACCAAAGAAUACAAUGCUUCGUCUAGCUGUAAAGUUUUUCCCUCCUGACCCAGGUCAGCUGCAAGAGGAAUAUACCAGAUACCUGUUUGCAUUACAAAUCAAGAGGGAUUUAGCAGAAGAACGACUAACCUGCAGUGACAAUACAGCAGCACUUCUCAUCUCUCAUCUUCUACAAUCUGAGAUAGGGGAUUUUGAUGAAUAUGAGGAUCGUGAACACCUUAAAACAAAUCGAUACUUGCCAAACCAGGAAAGAAUACAAGGAAAGAUACUGGAGUUUCACAGGAAGCACAUGGGACAAACUCCUGCUGAGUCUGAUUUCCAGGUACUUGAAAUUGCUCGAAAACUGGAGAUGUAUGGCAUUAGAUUUCAUCUAGCAUCUGACCGGGAGGGGACGAAAAUUAACCUAGCUGUUUCACACAUGGGUGUCCUUGUCUUCCAGGGUAGCACAAAAAUCAACACCUUCAACUGGUCCAAGGUCCGUAAACUAAGCUUCAAGCGGAAAAGAUUCCUUGUUAAACUCCAUCCAGAGGUUCAUGGUCCAUAUCAGGAUACAUUGGAGUUCCUGUUGGGAAGCAGAGAUGAGUGUAAGAACUUCUGGAAAAUCUGUGUGGAAUAUCACACUUUUUUCAGGCUGUUUGAUCAGCCAAAACCAAAAGCUAAAGCAGUCUUCUUCAGUAGAGGAUCUUCAUUCAGAUACAGUGGACGAACACAGAAACAGCUGGUGGAUUAUGUUAAAGACAGUGGGAUGAAGAAAACUCCCUAUGAAAGGAGGCACAGCAGAUCUAGAGCGUCUGCCCACACCUUUAACACAAAUGUGCCAAAACAGAAUGUCUCAUUUACUGAGACCUUAAGACUUCCUGAGUCUUCUGCCUCAGUAUCUGCCCCCUUCUAUUCAGUCCAUACAUCAUCCACCACCACCAGCAGCACACCCAUCUUAAUAGACACCAGUCCUUCCUCCUUGGACCCUAGAGCACCAUACAUGAGGAACCCAACAGCAGAAAAGAGUCUUGCCACACCUGCUGAAGACACUGGGAAGAAAAUGUCACAGCAGCCUGGAUCUCCCAUACUCCAGCCAUUCCAAGUUCUAGGCCUUUCAGGGGAGCAUCCACAGCUGUCGCCAUUCACUUCGAAGAGUCAACUGAGUUUGAACCCUGCAGUUCAAGUGAAUUUGCACCCAGGUGGCCAGGGUCCAUCUCCUCUUCUGAGCCCUGUCUUGAGUGAUGCUGGUGGUGCCAGGGUAGAAGAGGAUGAUGAAGCCAGACGUAAGCGAUAUCCAACAGACAAAGCAUACUUCAUAGCCAAGGAGAUUCUUGCUACAGAACGGACAUAUUUGAAAGAUCUAGAAGUUAUAACAGUAUGGUUUCGCAGUGCAGUCAUCAAGGAGAAUGCCAUGCCAGAAGGUUUAAUGACAUUGCUCUUCUCCAACAUAGAUCCAAUUUAUGAGUUUCAACGAAGUUUCCUGAAAGAGAUUGAGCAGAGACUAGUGCUGUGGGAAGGACGGUCCAGUGCUCAUGUGAAAGGAGAUUACCAGCGGAUUGGAGAUGUCAUGCUCAGGAACAUGCAUGCAUUGAAGGAGUUUACCAGCUACUUGCAGAAACACGAUGAGGUUCUGACAGAACUGGAGAAAGCAACCAAGCGCUUAAAGAAACUGGAAAUGGUUUAUAAGGAGUUUGAACUACAGAAGGUUUGCUACCUGCCACUCAACACUUUCCUGCUCAAGCCCAUCCAAAGGCUUAUGCACUAUAAACUAAUCCUGGGGAGACUUUGCAAGCAUUACACGACUGAACACCGGGACUAUGCUGAUUGCAGGAGUGCACUAAAGGAGGUCACAGAGAUGACAUCCCAGCUGCAGCACAGCUUGAUCCGCUUGGAGAAUUUCCAGAAACUGACAGAACUGCAGCAUGAUUUGGUCGGCAUUGAUAACCUCGUUGUACCUGGGAGGGAGUUUAUCCGCGAGGGUUGCUUGUACAAGCUUACAAAAAAGGGUUUACAACAGAGGAUGUUCUUUCUGUUCUCAGAUAUGUUACUAUACACAAGCAAAGGAGUUACGGGUACCAAUCAGUUUAAAAUUCAUGGACAACUUCCUCUCCAUGGCAUGCUGGUGGAAGAGAGUGAGAAUGAAUGGUCUGUCCCCCACUGCUUCACAAUCUAUUCUGCUCAGAAAACCAUAGUAGUGGCUGCAAGCACCCGCCUGGAAAUGGGGAAGUGGAUGGAAGACCUAAACAUGGCCAUUGAAAUAGCCAAGAAAUCUACUGAGAACUCUGAUGUGUUCCUGGAAAGCUCCGUGUGCAAUCGCUCUAACAGAUCCUCUGAUGAGGUCUCUCUAGAACAAGAGUCUGAAGAUGACAUACACUCUUCUCGUAGCUCGCUGGACAGGCAGAGCCACCACCGUGCCAACACUACCAUGCACGUGUGCUGGUACCGCAACACGAGCGUCUCCAUGACUGACCACAGUGUGGCUGUUGAGAAUCAACUCUCAGGAUACCUGCUGAGAAAGUUCAAAAACAGCAAUGGCUGGCAGAAGCUCUGGGUCGUCUUCACCAACUUUUGCUUGUUCUUCUACAAGACUCACCAGGAUGAUUAUCCAUUGGCCAGUCUCCCACUCCUUGGAUACACAGUCAGCACCCCAGUGGAGGCAGAUGGCAUCCAGAAAGACUACGUCUUCAAGCUGCAGUUCAAAUCCCAUGUGUACUUUUUCAGGGCUGAGAGCAAGUACACCUUUGAAAGGUGGAUGGAAGUGAUCAAGAGAGCCACAAGUUCUCCAGCAAGAUCUAGCCUGUUGGCUCCCAAGGAUGAAAAGGAGGAGACUCUCACAAACUGAUGAGGGCAGAGCUGGGUCUCUGCUGUCAACAUCUAUUAGUGGGCUUGGGCGGGAAUAGGAGUUUGGGGCUGAUAAUGCUGUUAAGUUACAAGCUGAUUUCCACCUGGGGUGGGAAAGGUUGUUAAGCAAGAGAAGGGACAAACUGGAAUCACAUCAGGUUCAACUGGCUUUGAGGACACUGUCUGCUCCAAUCGCACCUAGUUGAAGAGACAGAGAACCUGACAAUGGCAGCAAAUCUCCCUCUGUGGGAAAAAUAAUGGUUUGUUAUGCGCACACGUUGUGGAAAGGAUCAUGUUUCAGUCAUGUGGAUUCUGGACAGGUUGGAGUAGCAGGUCUGGAUGGAGACAGAAGCGGUACCUGCCUCUUUCAUUGUCACUGGGUGUUCAGCAGCUGUCAGAGAUUAAUAGCAGCUGUCAGUGGUGUUCCUUGGCGCACAGUUGCUGGUGUCAGGCACUCUGGCUCCCAGCAGCUCCCUUAUCCUGACAGUCCAGCUAAAACCACCUAUGUACUGUUUGCUGCUCUUACCUUCAGCUUACCAUCCACAAACGUAUUAGACUCAUUGGAGCUCUGCAGAUGUAUCCACUUGAAUGCUUACAUUCAUACCUGAAAACAGUUUCUGUAGAAUGACUGAGCUACUCAGGAAACUGCCAUGGUAACACCUUCAUCUUGGUAUUUUAUUUUAUUCUGGUUUUGGAAAGGGAAUGGGGAGAACCUGAACCUUUGUUUGCUUAAACACGUCAUGUGGCACAGCUGGGAGCAGGGGAUGAGUGUGAGAAAACACCUGUGUUUUUCCUGAGACCUCAGAGGCUUCCUAACAUUGCUUGUUUUACCUCCUGAGUUCUUUGCCACCUGUACUCAGGGAGGGCUCACCUGGCAAAACCUUUACUUGUCCUCUGCUGGGGAAGGCAUCGCUUAAGGCAGGGAAAGCCAACAAACUACCCUCAGCAUCCUCUAGUGCAGUGGUUCUCAAUCUCUUUUGUACCAGGACCCAUUUGUAAACAUCAAUGGCCAGUCUGACCCAGUGCCUCCAGUCCCCAGCCCUGCAGUGUGUGGUGCAGUGGGGGAUGUGGGGUAUAGAGGUAACUCUGACAGCCUGCAAGGGAAAAGCCAGUUUCCCAUGUUUUCCUUUCUAAAGGAGAAUUGGUUUUUAAAGUUUGUUGAUCCAUUUUUAAUGUUUGUUUGCAACCCUUUCAUAUAUUCUUGCAACCCACAGGUUGAGAAAUGCUUCUGUAGUGUAGGGGAAAAGGAAGAGCAUCUUUUUUAACAGGUGUGCCACAAAUUAGCUCUGCACCUUUCCCAAGUGCCACUCUGAUUCCCUGCCUCUGCCCAAUCUAGCUGGUCCACCUUCUGCUCCCUGAGCUCUAUUUUCUGCUUCCUGUCCUGUCUGCUGCUGUGCUGCCUGUCCCUUCCUUGAUCUCUUGCGUACCACACACACAAGCUGCCCAUGCCACAGGUUGGCCACCUCUAUUUUGGGGCAAUUUGCUGCUGCUGGGGGGUGGAGGGAAGAGGCAUUUUUUAAAACACUUCUGAGACAGGAGAAUGUGCCCAUCUGAAAGUCACUGCAGCUUUAUGCUUCAGUACCAUUUAGGAACUUUUGCCUAAAACAUCAUCUCUAAACAAGGAGAUGGGAAUCCAUCUUCACUUUUACUAUGAAGAUGUAAGUGACUUGAUUCAAAAUCGAUCAUGAGAUCCUGGCACCUGUUCUGGAGGGCUGUGUACCCUACCUAGUAUGAAAUAUUCUCAUUCUGCCCUGCUUCUCCAGAUGUGGUGUUAUCUGGAUGCAAUGCAAUGCAGCUUUGCAUUGGGCAGUAUUGCCAUGCCCUUCUUUUAAAGAAUGCCACUUGCAAUAAGCUAACAGACGCAAACACUGCUGAUAGGCAGACAUGCAUGGUUGAAAUGGGUUCUGAGGAGCCAAUUUGUGUUUUAGGUGGGAAAGUAUUUAUAUACCAAGGGAAGGCACAGUGAGGUGUUAGAGAGAGAGAGGGAAGUGCUACAUGUCAAGAGGAUGGGAGGAGGAGGAGAAAUGCAGUGACCCAUGGAAAACAGGAGGUGCAGAAGCUGGUGUACAGAACUCUCUCCCCAAAGGUGGAAUCCAGGGUUGUGCUGUUUUGAUGUAUGCUGGGUGGGAAAGGAUUAGUAUCUCAGGUAGAGGGUUCCUAGUAAAGACCUCAUGACCUUUCACAUGGCAUCUUCAUCUGUAAAGAAGCAGAGAUUGGCCCAAAUCCAUUCUCUGUUGCCACUGUGUCAUAAUGACCAUUGUAAGUUAAAUGGACUUUUAUUAAUUUAUUAGUAUCUUAAUUUUUUAAAAUAAAUGGUUGUAGAUGUAUGGACAUGUAUUUACUAGAUGUUUCCCUUGUAACUAUGUAAGUGUGCAUGUCUAACAGUGGAAGUAAAGAGCACGUUGGUAUACA